CAGUAUAAAACCUUGCUCCUGUGGGUAAAAUCCUUCUCCAUAGGCGAUACAGACAUUAUUAUUCAGUAAAACAACGCAUAAAAGCAUCUGCCCAGGAAAGAUAAAGUAGAAAUAGAAGUUUUAUUUUUUUUUUCAGAACCCUCGUAUGAUCAGUGAUGAUCCUCUAUACCUGCGGCUCAAUCUCAGGUUUCAUUCAAGACGUUCAUGCGUCAGCAACAGCUGUCCUGGAGCUCGUGCUGGCCCCGGUUCACAAAGACAGACUUCAGCCUGAAGGAAGACCAAACACUGAAGGUUUUGUGGAAAUAUUUGCCUCACUGUGACAGGAGCUUGGUGUAGAGAUUCCCCGUUGUGGUGGUAUCUCUUCGCGAUGCCAAGAUGGCAAGCCUGCUCCCUCCCACAGGCACCAACGUUUUCCGACGAUUCACCCCGGAGUCGCUGGCGGAGAUCGACAGGCUCAUCCAGGAGAGGAGCACCAGAGAGGAUGUAGAGGGGGUUGAGGAGGUGCCAAAGGCACCGAGCAUUGAUCUGGAGGCAGGAAAGGGCCUCCCAAUGAUCUAUGGUGACCCACCAAAGGAUCUCCUCAACACUCCUCUCGAGGACCUAGACCCCUUCUAUAAAACACAGAAAACUUUUAUCGUCAUAAGUAAGGGAAACACAAUCUUCAGGUUCACUGCUGAACCAGCACUGUUUUGUAUCAGUCCUUUCAGUCUUGUCAGAAGAGGAGCCAUCAAAAUUCUUAUACAUUCAUAUCCUUCUCAUGCCGUCAUAUUGAUAGCAUUUUGGUAA